GACCAAUGGGUCGUUUCCGCAGAAACAACAACAACAAACGCAGGAGCACCGGCAGGAGCAGCGUCAGCAUCAGCACCAGCGGCGGUUUCCGGAGAUCGAGGAGGCGGGAGAGGGAGAGGGAGAGGAGCCGCAGCAGCAGCAGCAGCGGCACCGCAGCCACGCUCACAGCAACCGCCACAACCGCCACAAUCACCACAAACCGGCAGUGGCAAGUACGACCAACACCGCCACCACGACGGCGCCUGUCGUACUGCUGCAUGGAGUGGGGUUGGGCCUUCUGCCGUACAUGGACCUCAUCAGGCGCCUGCUCGCUGCCGGCCUGCCCGUGCUGCUGGUGGAGUACAAGCACGUGUCGCUGCGGCUGUGCUCCAUCAUCCCCUCCGCGGAUGACAUCGCGGGGGUGGUGGUUGGGCUGCUGGACAGGCUGGGGGUGGCGCAGGCCUGUGUCGUGGCCCAAUCGUACGGCACCUUCGUGGCCUCUCGCCUGGCGCAGUGCCACGCGGCUCGAUUACAGAGCCUCGUCAUGCUGGACCCAGUGUGUUUCGGCAUGUUCCUGCCGCACUUGCUCGCAAACUUCAUCUACCGCAAGCCACGAACCACGAGCCUUCGGACCUGGAUAGUGGACCAGGCGCUCUCCUUCAUGUCUCGCGACCUUCACUGCGCCGCCGCCAUGUGCCGCCGCUUCUACUGGUCGGACCUCAACUUGUGGCCGCAGGACCUGCCGUUCCGUACCCUGGUGGCCAUUGCCGGACAAGAUCAGCUGAUCCACGUGGAGGCGGUGAUGGAGUUCGUACGGCACUACGCCUCCAAGGUUCUCUUCCACCCGCAACACACGCACGCGCAGCUGCUCGUGGACUCGGAUUGGGAGCAGCAGAUCGUGGCCGACAUCCUGUCAAUGGCGAGUUCGGGUGGCGGCGCCGCCGGAGCCCGGGAGGUACGCCGCCGCCUCGCCACUCCCGCCACGCCGAUGUCGCUGCUGCCGCCGUCGUCGUCGCUGCCGUUGUUGCAACACCGAAUGCGGCAACGAACCGACGGCGGCAUGGUCCCCGUUAUGACGGCAGCGGCGGCGGCGGCGGCGAAGUCGCCGCCGCCGCCAGUUCGCCCCGGUGUCGUACGGCGACGUUGGACGACGACGGGUGCCGCCGGCGCCGGCGGCAGCCUAGCGGAGGAGGUGUCGGAGGCGGAGGCGGCGAUCAUCAGGGCGGCGGCGGCGAUGGCGGCACCGGGAGUUGAAGCGACGCCAACCGUCGGCGGCUUGUUGGAAGACGAGGAGACGCUGCCGCCGGGUCCGCAAGGUUUGACGGCACUGGCGGAGGCGUUACGCGCCGGAAUCGCCAAGAGGGAGGGGGAGGAGGUACCCGCCGCCGCCGCUGGUACGGCAGGAAGCUUGAAGGCGGGGAUGAUGGCGCCGGCGGGGCCGACGGAGGCGGCGGCGGCGGCAACGUUGCCGCUGGGUGCUGCCGGCGGCGGUGCCGCCGUCGGGCCGCCUUCCCCUGUCGUACAGCGACGUCUGUCGGGGACGACGCGACUGGAGGCGUGCGCUAAGCCCUGGCCUGGACCGCUGGACCGUUGCCAUUUGGAGUUGGCAAGCGCGGGCCUCAACAAGGCAAUGCUGAUUGCUGGUAACGGUAGCGGUGAGGGAGGCGGCAGUAGCGCCAGCGGGGAUUAAAAUACCUUGGGAGCGGACGGCGGCAGCAGCGGGGGUGGUGGCAGCGGUAGCUGUGAGGAGGAGUAGGUUGGGGACCAGGAGCGGUCUUUCGUCAGCAGCUGUAGCACUAGCAGUAGCUCUUUGUUGGCAGCAGCCGUAGUGUGAAUGGUAACGGGAGAAGGAGUUAGUGGGGGUGGACAUUCGAAAUGUGGGGCUAGCUAGCGGUGGCCGUAGCGGAGGACCUUUGAGUGUGCUGCAGCAGCAAGUAGCAGCAAUAGCGGCUAAUGGAGGGUAACGGACAGUAAAUAAGCUUUGCAACUUGGU